AUGCGCUUCAUGGUUCCUUCUCUUGGCGGCGGUACUGCCCUCGUUAGCAGCGCUGUUCAAGCAACCGCUGCCAACUGGCUCUACACCAGCGAUCUAGAUGCAGACGGGCAAGUCACAUCGCCCUGGCAUUACACGAGUAAACAGCUCUGGAUCCAGUUACAAGACCGGUCAUUUAGUCCUAUCAAAAACCCCGUUCCCAAGUACCUCCGUCGCCCAAACUACAACACGAUGACUGCGACAGCAUCUUUGUUGCAGGCGGAUGGGUGGCAAUGCAUUGGAACCCGCAUGUCCUUGCCGGUUUCCAGUAUCUGUUCAAUGCUCUUACGAAAGCUUUUGGCGGCAAGGUCUAUGGCCUCAACCUGCGAGAAACCGUGA